AACUGGGCUCCCGCCCCCCCGCCCCCCGGUGAGGUCAGGCGGAGGCUCUGCCGCUGCGGCCGCAGCAGCUCCGCUCCUGUUCCGGGGAAGCGUGGGACGGGGGCUUUUGAAAUAAGUGGAGCGGCGUUCGGGUUAGGGUCCGUGCUCUCCGCCUGCGGGAGAGCGAGGCGAAGUGACCGGGGCGAGCAGGCGGUGCGGAGGAUUGGGGGCCGGUGCCUCACAGCCGGACAGAGCGCCGGCUGCGCCGCGCGACUAGCUCUUUGGCCCUCGGAGCGCAGCAGCCGGCGAACGGGCAGCGGGACGCCGGGACGCGCGGCAAACAAGAUCCUUAGCAAAAUGCUAGAUACAGGCGCAGCUCCUUGGCGUAUCUCUCCCCAGUUGCAUUCCUCUCCCUUCCUCUCUGGAGGUCAUUCUCCAACUUUUAGAGGUGAUGGAUCAUCUGCAUAGAGGGGAAUCAGUUGCUGCAAUACUCCGUAACCGGAGACGGAGGCAAUUAUCUUUAAAACAAGCCGAUUUCAAGGAUAUAUUCAAAAAAUCAACUUCAGGAUCUCUAGUGGAAGAGGAAGACCAACACAUGAAAUUGUCCCUUGGAAGCAGCGAAAUGGGCCUCUCCUCCCAUUUGCAGUCUUCCAAGGCGGGAACCACACGCAUCUUUACCAGCAAUACCCACAGUUCUGUGGUGUUACAGGGGUUUGACCAGCUCCGACUUGAAGGGUUGCUCUGUGAUGUGACCCUGAUGCCAGGGGACACAGAUGACGCCUUCCCUGUGCACAGAGUCAUGAUGGCCUCUGCUAGUGAUUACUUCAAGGCUAUGUUCACAGGUGGAAUGAAAGAACAAGAUUUAAUGUGCAUUAAGCUUCAUGGCGUGAGCAAAGUCGGUUUAAGGAAAAUUAUUGAUUUCAUUUACACUGCAAAGCUUUCUCUUAAUAUGGACAACCUUCAAGACACACUGGAAGCUGCCAGUUUUCUACAGAUUCUGCCGGUUUUGGACUUCUGCAAAGUAUUUCUCAUAUCUGGGGUCACUUUAGACAAUUGUGUCGAAGUUGGGCGGAUUGCCAACACCUACAAUCUGACAGAAGUGGAUAAAUACGUUAACAGUUUCGUCUUGAAGAAUUUUCCUGCGUUGCUGAGCACUGGGGAGUUCUUGAAACUCCCUUUUGAACGCCUUGCCUUUGUGCUUUCCAGUAAUAGCCUUAAGCACUGCACUGAACUUGAGCUCUUUAAGGCUACCUGUCGCUGGCUACGCCUGGAAGAGCCUCGGAUGGACUUUGCUGCAAAAUUAAUGAAGAACAUACGAUUUCCACUGAUGACACCACAGGAGCUCAUUAAUUACGUGCAAACCGUGGAUUUCAUGAGAACUGACAACACGUGUGUGAAUCUCCUUUUGGAAGCCAGCAAUUACCAAAUGAUGCCAUAUAUGCAGCCAGUGAUGCAGUCAGACAGGACUGCCAUUCGGUCUGACACCACUCAUCUGGUUACACUAGGAGGAGUGCUGAGGCAGCAGCUGGUUGUCAGCAAGGAAUUGCGCAUGUACGAUGAAAAGGCUCACGAGUGGAAGUCCUUAGCCCCCAUGGAUGCCCCAAGGUACCAGCAUGGCAUUGCCGUCAUUGGAAAUUUCCUGUACGUCGUUGGUGGACAGAGUAAUUAUGACACAAAAGGAAAAACGGCAGUUGAUACAGUCUUCAGAUUUGAUCCUCGAUACAAUAAGUGGAUGCAAGUUGCAUCUUUAAAUGAAAAGCGCACCUUCUUCCACCUAAGUGCCCUCAAAGGAUACCUGUAUGCAGUUGGUGGGCGAAAUGCAGCUGGUGAACUGCCUACAGUAGAAUGUUACAAUCCAAGAACAAAUGAAUGGACCUAUGUUGCCAAAAUGAGUGAGCCCCACUAUGGCCAUGCUGGAACUGUGUAUGGAGGCGUAAUGUAUAUUUCAGGAGGAAUUACUCAUGACACUUUCCAAAAGGAGCUCAUGUGCUUUGACCCUGAUACUGACAAAUGGAUCCAGAAGGCGCCAAUGACCACUGUCAGAGGUCUGCAUUGCAUGUGUACAGUGGGAGAAAGGCUGUAUGUCAUUGGUGGCAAUCACUUCAGAGGAACAAGCGAUUAUGAUGAUGUCCUAAGCUGUGAAUACUACUCACCGAUCCUUGACCAGUGGACCCCAAUCGCUGCCAUGUUAAGAGGGCAGAGUGAUGUUGGGGUCGCUGUCUUUGAAAAUAAAAUCUACGUGGUUGGUGGGUAUUCGUGGAAUAAUCGUUGUAUGGUAGAGAUAGUGCAGAAAUAUGAUCCAGAUAAAGAUGAAUGGCAUAAGGUUUUUGAUCUCCCGGAGUCCCUGGGUGGCAUCCGAGCUUGCACACUCACAGUUUUUCCACCUGAAGAAACCACACCAUCACCUUCUAGAGAGUCCCCUCUUUCUGCACCUUAAGAUCGUCCCUACAACUAAGAUGCUGUAGUCCUAUCUUUGCAACGUGUCAUGAAUUCUCUUCUUUCGCCCUCCCCCUUAAGUAGUGUAUGUUAGGAUUAGCCUCCAGUAAUUGAUACAAAUAUUGGAAAAAAGAUGACAUUGAUGUUCUUUGUGCUGUUUGUUUGGCUUUGAGUGUUUAUAAAGUGGUAACAAAACCAUUCUGGAAAUGUAUCCCAUAGAAGCUGAUGUUUAACAUACGAGGAGAAAAAAAAAAAAAAAAGCAAGGCAAGGUAUUGUCUAUAAGAUGUUUCUGCAGUACUUUUUUGAUGCUGUGUACUGGGUGUAAGGUAUUUGUCAUCUUACAUUAGAAAGCCCAAGAAACCAAGUUGAAGGUGGAUUACAGUAAAUGUACAACUGUGCUAACUAGGCUUCCAAGUAAAAAGUUUUCCUUUCACCUUUGAUCGUGAGAUGUGAAAGGGAGGUAGCCCGCUCCAACAGGAAACAAUAGACAAAAGGUUGCCAACUGGCAUGAGCCACCUCCCUCUUUUCAUAAAGUAUUUUUGACACAUCUGUCAGCCCACCUGUCUGUGGGCUACAUUGAGAACACAUCAAGUUUCUUAGACACACAGGAGAAAGAAUAAUUGCAAUUCACGAAUAUUAAUUUAAAAAAACAGCAUGACCCCUCAACUUGUAAGCAAGGCUUUGGGGUUUUUUAAGUGUGUGUAAAUAUAUACACACACAUAUAUCAAAUAGAAGAAUUUUAAAAACUGAGUAGCACGUCAAACAAAUGCAAAAAAGAAAACUUUGAAAUUUCUUCCAAAAAGCAGCUUCCAUUAAAAUGGGAAUUCAGUAUGCACGUACUGAAUGCACGUAUGUAGAUUCAUACUGAAUUUAGGUGAAUAAGGGCUAGAAAUUUUGAGCAACUAAAUUUGUCAUUUGGCCAAAUUUUUCCUUCCAAAACUGUAAUCUACACCUUCUCCUUUGCUGUUGAGGUAACUUACAUAUUAUAUGUAUUCUGUAUACUCAGUUCAUAAGAUUAUUUAGCACAAAGUAUAGCAGCUCCACCUGGUGAGUUGCUUUUGCUCAGUGAAUUCCACUUCCAUGUUUUAUUUUUUUUGUUCAAUAAAAAACAUUUAAUGUCG